AUGUCUGCGCCGGGAUCAUCUACGACGGCCGUUGAUCGGCAGCAGGACGACAAUAAUAAAGAUGCUUUCCAGCUCAAGCAGGUCGACAGCCAGGACUGGUGGUUCUGUGCAACAGCCGUACCUUUGAUAGCAGCAACCCAGGGUCCGUUGUCCAAUGUGCUCUCCAUUGCGGCACUGGUCAAUGUCUGGCGAGUGGUCCUCCCGAAUAAUGGCGAGUUACCUGAGGGCGCCGACAACUUUGGCACUCCCCUACGAGAUCCCCAGUGGGAACUCACAUGCAACGGCGUUUCACUGGCGUGCGGGUUCCUUGGGAACAUCUUCCUUCUCCUCCACUUCAUCGGUCGUGUGCGUUAUAUCGUGGCACUGCCACUGUCAAUCCUCUUUUGGUUCUUAGCCUCCGGUAUUCUCAUCGCGAUCACUGUCAGCUUGAGCAUUUAUAGUCCUCCGGUAGGUCCCGGCGAGAUCUAUGGACAAGGUUACUGGCACGCCAUACUGGCUGCGGGCUUGUACAUGCUUGGCUCUUUGAUGCUCAUGGCGAACAUGGCUGGAUAUCUUCUUGGUCACUACCCGCAAGAUUUCGACCUUAACGACGACCAGCGUACUCUAAUUCUUCAGACCACCAUGUAUUUUGUCUGGCUUGCGGGUGGUGCUGGAAUUUACGAGCGUCUUGAACAGUGGUCCAACGCAAAUGCAUUAUACUUUUGCCACGUCAGUAUUCUGACGAUUGGAUACGGCGAUGUUGUCCCCACAACUAAUGCUGGGCGAGGCUUCUUGUUUUUAUACGUCCCCAUUGGCGUGAUCCAGCUUGGUCUGGUCAUCAGCAGGAUCGCCAAAUUUGCUGCCUCAAUCUCGUCAGAUAACAUUGUGAAGAAACACCAAGACCGGCGCAGGGCCAUGACAAUCGAUCGGUCAGUCACUUCGGAAAAGGAGCUCCGGGAGCGCCUUGGACUACGUAGUAUACCGAGGAGACCAUCCACCGGCUCAGCCAUUUCUCGUUCCGGCUCCUUGUCAGGACUCAGCAGAUAUGGCAAGUUCCAGCAACGGGGUAGAACACUAACCUUUUCGGAGCACCAACCCACCCUUCGCCGCGCUCUCACUCUUGGAGACCACGCUGGCGAGCCGAAGGGGAGGCUCUCGAGAGUGCCGACGUUGAGCGACAUUGCACAAGGUCUGAAGAGCGGUCCUAGGCGCCGGCUACUGAUUCUCAAAGAAGACGAAGACCGCUUCAAUGCCAUGCGAGCCAUCCAGAAGGAGACCAGACGCUUCAAGUCGUAUACGGCCCUCAUCCUCUCUAUCAUCGUGUUUGCCAUGCUGUGGCUUCUGGGUGGCGUCAUAUUCAUGCACACUGAGGCCAGAUUGCUUGAGCUGACGUAUUUUGAGAGUUUGUACUUCUGUUUCGUUUCGCUAUUGACCAUAGGUUACGGGGAUAUAAGUCCAAAAUCGAAUAUUGGAAAACCGGUGUUCAUAGUGUGGUCACUCAUUGCUGUACCUUCACUCACCAUCUUGAUCCAAGCAAUGUCGAAUACUGUGGUUUCUUACGUCGACCGCAAAACAAACUGGCUCUUGCCACAAAAAGGGUUCCUCAAGGUCGUUCUGGACGCAAAUCCAAGACUAGGAGAAAGAAUUGCAAGGCUCAUCGACAGGCACAACGCGCAAAAGAGAGUAGAAGAGGGGUUUCAGGUGCAAGAUCCGGACGAGGCUCCAGACGUCAACAACAUUGAAGAUGGGGACGAGGAAAGGGGUUCUGAAACCAAAGAUGGAACGAAAAUGAGUGAGGCUCAGAACAAAAAUAGAUCACCUACUUCAUCGGCCUGGGACAGCAAUAUGGGGCGGCCACUAGCAAGCAACAGACAACACCCUGGCUCCGAGAAGACGGAGGUAUUGGGGAGCAACUUGGAAGAGCGUCGAUAUGUGGCUAUAACGGCACAUGAUUUUGCGCCACAGCUUUCAGCAGCCAUUCGGCACGUCGCCCGCGAUGUCAAGAUGCAUCCGCCCAAAAACUAUACCUUUGAGGAAUGGUUAUAUUUCACCAGGUUGAUCCGAUACAGCAGCCGUGAAAGCCUCAAGAAGGCCACCACAAUUGCUCGCAACAAACUAGACGAGGGAGCACUCGCCAGAAACGAGGAGGAUGAACUUGUGGCGCUAGAGGUUGCGAAGGAUGGGGAAAUAGAGGAUGACAAGGUUGUGGAGGACAGCGGUCUCAUCGAGUGGGACUGGAUUGGCGAAGACAGUCCAAUGCUUUCGGGAGUCUCUGAAGCUGAAUGGGUGCUUGACCGCCUUUGCGAAAGCCUCACCCGCUACGCACGAUGGCAGUCUCGACGACAUGAACGUGCUCACGGACACAAUCAGAAAGCGAUCGCAUAUUUUACAGAACCCGUUGGUCUCGACGAGAAGACUGGAAGGAACAGAUCAACGAACAAUGAGAAACAAGCGACGGAUAGGAGACAAAAUUAAGAAUGGGUCUUGAAUUGAACCAAAAGUCAUAUCUGCAUGAGAUGUCUCUACGAUUCGGUGCCCAUUUGACGGUACAUACUCCUGCAGCCAACACGAUGCGCCAACUAAGGUUUAAGCUUGUUGUUGAGCAAAAUGAAUAUGCCCUCUGAUAAGCAGCGGCGAACCGAAGCCGGUGGUCGCGAGGAGAUGGAAACGAUCUCGGAAGCUGGCAGGACCGCCUGGAAGUGGUGCCAUGAGACACCUUUCCACCUACAGGGGCUGGCUAGAGCACUCGCCAUAUGCCCAACGGCAUCCGGUAUCGUGACUUUCCGGCAAUGGGGACACCCAAGAGUGACCAAUGACGUAGAAGCGUCGAGACGAAAAUGACUCUGCCGUCCUCCCAUCUCUGACACUAACCCCUGUCGACCCCGUCUUU